AGACUUCCGGUUCACGCUUCGCUGCGCGGCGGGUUAAAGUUCGCGUGUCUGAGGCGACAGGUUGGAUAAAUGGCUGAAGACGCGGAGUGCGGAAUGAAAAUACGGAUAAAAAGUGUCGAGAGGAACCGCGGCGAGCUUCCGUUCGCGCGCUGUUCGUCCUGAAGACAGCGUCUGCUUUUAUUGUGAAGGCGAGGCCGUCUCUUCCGGCCGGGUCCUGGCUCGUGCCGUUUGCUUUGACUGGCGCGGAUCAGACACCCGAACCAGGCAGCCGGGCCCGGUCCAAACGUCCCCGAAGCGCCGGCGGCCGCUCACCCCCCCGGAGGACGCCCCCCCGCCAUGGCGGGCUAGCCGACCGGACUCGGUCCUCUUCCCCGCAGAGCCGCCGGAGGAGCCGCGAUGAGCGAGGACAGGCCGCGCGGAGACAGCGACGACUCGGACCAGGACCGGGAGCGGGACCCGGACCCGGACCCGGACCGGGAGGGCCCGGACACCCAGCCGGGGCUCGGCCCGGAGCCGGCCGCCGCCCCGCGGGAGCAGGAGCCCGGCAGCCCGGGAGAGGCGGCCCGGGGGAGCAGCCUGUUCUCCUGGCUGCAGAGCAGGACUAUCCGGAGGGGGGUGUUCGUGGACCCCGCCCGGGACAACUUCAGGACCAUGACCAGCCUGUACCGCUCCAUGAACCCCGCCGCGGAGGCCGUCAACCUGAGCAGCCAGACCCACGGAGCCGUGUUCAACCUGGAGUACUCCCCGGACGGGUCCGUGCUGACGGUGGCGUGCGAGCAGACCGAGGUCCUGCUGUUUGACCCCGUGUCCUCCAGACACAUCAAGACGCUGACGGAGGCCCACGAGGACUGCGUCAACAACAUCAGGUUCCUGGACAACCGCCUGUUCGCCACUUGCUCCGACGACACCACCAUUGCAUUGUGGGACCUGAGGAAGCUGAGCUCCAAGGUGUGCUCGCUGCAUGGCCACGCCUCCUGGGUCAAGAACAUCGAGUACGACACCAACACCCGGCUGCUCGUCACGUCGGGCUUCGACGGCAACGUCAUCACCUGGGACACCAACCGGUUCACAGAGGACGGCUGUCCCCACAAGAAGUUCUUCCACACCCGCUACCUGAUGCGGAUGCGCCUGACGCCGGACUGCUCCAAGAUGCUGAUCUCCACGUCGUCCGGAUACCUGCUGAUCCUGCACGACCUGGACCUGACCCAGUCCCUGGAGGUGGGCAGCUACCGCAUGCUGCGCGCCCGCCGCACGCCGCUCAGCUCAGAUGGAGGAACGUCGUCGCGUUCCGCCGGCGCUCCCCGUCAGGGGAACGACUCCAGUAAGAUCCAUCCUCACAGGGAAGGUGGGUCUGUCCCCAGGAACAGUCUGGAGGUUCUGACUCCGGAGAUCCCCGGAGAACGAGACCGAGGGAACUGCAUCACCUCCCUGCAGCUGCACCCCAAAGGCUGGGCCGCCCUGAUCCGCUGCUCCAGCAACAUGGACGACCAGGAGUGGACCUGUGUGUAUGAGUUCCAGGAGGGCGCCGUCCCCCGUCCCCCGGUGUCCCCCCGCUGCUCGCUGCGUCUCACGCACUACAUCGAGGAGGCCAACGUGGGGCGGGGCUACAUCAAGGAGCUGUGCUUCAGCCCGGACGGCCGCCUCAUCUGCUCGCCGUACGGCUACGGCGUCCGGCUGCUGGCCUUCGACCGGCGCUGCGGCGAGCUGGCCGACGUCCCGGCGGCGCCGACCGGCCGCCUGCGCCAGAUCCGCUCCAUCUACUCCCACAGCGACGUGGUUCUCACCACCAAGUUCUCCCCCACGCACUGCCAGCUGGCCUCCGGCUGCCUGAGCGGCCGCGUGGCGCUCUACCAGCCCCAGUUCUAGACCCGGACCCGGACCCGGAGAACCCGGGGCUCUACCAGCCCCAGUUCUAGACCCGGACCCGGAGAACCCGGAGAACCCGGAGAACCCGGGGCUCUACCAGCCCCAGUUCUAGACCCGGACCCGGAGAACCCGGCGAACCCGGGGCUCUACCAGCCCCAGUUCUAGACCUGAUGGCCUGCCAGCUGGGAGGCUUCCAGACCCAGACUCCAUACUGACACUCCAGACUCGGACUCGGGACGAGGAAUCCAGACUAGACUCCAGAGACCAGGGUCCAGAGACCAGGGUCCAGACCAGACCCUGGCUGGACUCCAGCUCUAACCCAGAUCAGGACCCUGAUGGAGGCUCUGCUGCUCCGCCUUGGUCCUCACAGGUGCUGCUUCGCUGCUCAUACAAUCUGACCCCUGACCCCCUGACCCCCUGACUCCUGACCCCUGACCCCCUGACUCCUGACCCCUGAUCCCCUGACCUCUGACCCCCGACCCCCCGUGCCGAUGCGCUGUCAGAACCUCUGGACGGUCCUGAGAGGUUCUUUUCUACGCAGAACGUCUGAAUCUGGACCAGGUCUCUGUCAACGUUCCUGUUCUCAAGCUGGAGCUCGUUGGAUCGGCUUUAGAACCUGGACCGGACCGGACCGGACCGGUUCUCAGAGGAACCGACGGCCUUCGCUCCAUUUAUCGUUCCAGCAUCUCCUCCCUCAGAGUCCGGGUUCUGCCUCUAGACCCCGGGUUCUGCCCCUGGACCCCGGGUUCUGCCUCUGGACCCCAGGUUCUGCCCCUGGACCCCGGGUUCUGCCCCUGGACCCCGGGUUCUGCCUCUGGACCCCGGGUUCUGCCUCUAGACCCCGGGUUCUGCCCCUGGACCCCGGGUUCUGCCCCUGGACCCCGGGUUCUGCCUCUAGAACCCGGGUUCUGCCCCUGGACCCCGGGUUCUGCCCCUGGACCCCGGGUUCUGCCUCUAGACCCCGGGUUCUGCCCCUGGACCCCGGGUUCUGCCUCUAGAACCCGGGUUCUGCCCCUGGACCCCGGGUUCUGCCCCUGGACUCCGGGUUCUGCCCCUGGACCCCGGGUUCUGCCCCUGGACCUCCGGUUCUGCCCCUGGACCCCGGGUUCUGCCCCUGGACCCCGGGUUCUGCCCCUGGACCCCGGGUUCUGCCCCUGGACCCCGGGUUCUGCCCCUGGACCUCCGGUUCUGCCCCUGGACCCCGGGUUCUGCCCCUGGACCCCGGGUUCUGCCCCUGGACUCCGGGUUCUGCCUCUAGACCCCGGGUUCUGCCCCUGGACUCCGGGUUCUGCCCCUGGACCUCCGGUCCUGCUCCUGUUCCUCGGCGGUCUCGUAGCUGUUGCUUGCUGUUAGGUUUUACUUCCUGCCGUUGAGGUUCCAGAAUGUUCUGAGACUCUGCUGGAACCCGGAGAACUCGCAGAACAGACAGAACCUGUUCUGGACUUGACUAUGCAGACCGGCUCUCUGAAGGUUCUCAAACCAGGCGGAACCUCAGCGAGCAGAGAAACUCUGGAGGAUCUGCUGAGUCGGACUGCAGACGGACCGCAGAACGCUCAGAACGUUUGGAGAACCGUUCUGUUUUAAAACUGAAGUUCAAAAUGAAUAAAGUCAAACUGCCGAACAUUUCUGAC